AUGGUUGCCAAGGAGUUUGGAAGAGAAGUAAUAAGCAUGGACAAGGUGAAGAGAGACGGAGAGGCGCUCAUCGCCGCCGGAGCCGGAGACGAAGAGGAAGAUGACGUGGUGCUCCCGGGGUUCCGGUUCCACCCGACCGACGAGGAGCUCGUCACGUUCUACCUCCGCCGGAAGGUGGCGAGGAAGCCGCUCAGCAUGGAGAUCAUCAAGGAGAUGGACAUCUACAAGCAUGAUCCAUGGGACCUCCCUAAGGCGGGCACGGUUGGUGGAGAGAAGGAAUGGUACUUCUUCUGCCUGAGAGGAAGGAAGUACCGGAACAGCAUCAGGCCCAACAGGGUCACCGGCUCCGGCUUCUGGAAGGCCACCGGCAUCGACCGGCCGAUCUACCCUGCCGCCGCCGCUGGUGGUGCCGCCACCGCAAACCCCGGUGAGUCCAUCGGGCUCAAGAAAUCCCUCGUGUACUACCGCGGCAGCGCCGGCAAGGGCACCAAGACCGACUGGAUGAUGCACGAGUUCCGCCUCCCGCCUGCCGCCGCCGCCACCGACGCCUCACCGAGCAUGCAAGAAGUUGAGGUGUGGACCAUCUGCAGGAUCUUCAAGAGGAACAUCGCCUACAAGAGGCAGCCGCAGCAGCAGCCGGCGUGGAGGCAGCAGGCGGGUAGCAACGCUCCGCCGCCGAUACUGGCGGAGUCCAGCUCCAACACGGGGAGCUUCGAGUCCGACGGCGGCGGGGACGAGUACAUGAACUGCCUGCCGGCGCCAGCCACCGCUCCGGGCCUGCACCGGCAGCAUCAGAUCGGCAGCAUGCUGAACGGAGGAGGUGUCAGUGUCACUGGCAGCAGCAGCUUCUUCAGGGAGGGCGUGCACACCCAGCAGUUCCAGGGGCAGUGGCUGAACCGCUUCCCUGCGCCAGCAGCAAUAGAGCAGAAACCGCAGCUCCUCGAUUCGUCGGCGAUGACCAUCGCGUUCCAUCAGAACGAUCAGAGCGUCGCCGCCACCGCCGUGACGAAUGAUCAGUGCUACAAGGACGGGUAUUGGGACGAGAUUGCAAGGUUCAUGGAGGUCAAUGAUCCAACAGUACUUUACGACUGUAGAUACGCUUGA